AGCCAUUGGCCUCACAGACCAUCAGUCUUCCCUUCACAACAGUGCGCCCCCCACACACCCUCCCACUCCACGCACACGCUCGCUCAUCGCCGUGUUUUCGAGGAGAUGGUGGUUGAUCCGCGGCUGCUUCUCUCUUUUCUUUGCAGCUUCACGUCGGCGAGCAGCGCAGGGUGAAAGAGCCUCUGCGAUGCGUUCAACCGGGGACGCGUCGUAGUUGAAGUGAGGGAGAACUCGGCGGCCGGCGUGGAGGAACAAAGCAGAGGGGGGAGAUAUUUCCUAUAAGGAUGAGUGACUGGUGACAAAGAAAACGGGGAGCCCCUCUGGCUUUGGUUGAACUUGACGGCACGCGUUUUGGGGGCUCGCUCUCACUUGGACAGCCAGAAAUCAUCAUAUUCUCACCAUCAUUAUUUUUUGGAGGGGAACCAUGCCUGUCCGGAGGGGUCAUGUUGCGCCACAAAACACGUUUCUGGGAGUAAUUAUUCGCAAAUUCGAAGGACAAAAUAAGAAGUUCAUCAUAGCUAAUGCCCGGGUGCAGAACUGCGCUAUCAUCUACUGCAAUGACGGCUUCUGCGAGAUGACAGGCUUUUCCAGGCCGGACGUCAUGCAGAAGCCGUGCACAUGUGACUUCCUGCACGGCCAGUUGACCAGUCGGCACGCAGUGGCCCAGGUGGCGCAGGCUCUGCUGGGCUCAGAGGAGCGCAAGGUGGAGAUCACUUACCACCGCAAAGAUGGUUCAAACUUCCUCUGCGCCACCCAUAUCAUCCCCGUGAAGAACGAGCAGGGCGUGGUCAUGAUGUUCAUCCUCAACUUCGAUUACAUCCUGGAGGAAGGCAGCAGUGACUCGCUGGAGAGACUCAAUCACACCUCACCUUCCAAAGCUGACCAACGGAAAGGGAGAUUCUUUCGUUUCCGUUUCCCAGCCUUACCUCUUCGGGGCAUCAGUAAGCAGUCCCUGCCCCAGGAAGACCCUGACGUCGUCAUGGUGGACUCUCCCCGUCACAGUGACGGCUCUGUGGCUACACAUGACUAUCAACUCCCCACCACCCGCGAGAGCUGCAGCCCCUCAUAUGCUAACGACACUCGAGCCCUCAUUGAGCCCAGUCAUUGUUCCACCCCUGUGUCUGGGCCUUUGGACCACUCAUCACCCAAGGGCCCCUGGGACAGGAUAUACCAGGACCAAGCCAUUGGCCAGACCCAAAAGCCGGACCAGGAGGACACAUUAACUGCGGCUCCAUCAAUCCCAGGCCUCACUCCAACUGCUUCCAGAGAGAGUAUGUGCAGUAUUCGUAGAGCCUCGUCUGUACAUGAUAUAGAAGGCUUUGGGGCCAACUCCAAGAUGGCGUUCAGAGACAGACAUGCCAGUGAAGACAAUGGGCGCAAUAUCAAAGUAUCUCGCUCCUGGAUGGCUGGGGGGCCACUUAGCCAAAUCAGAUCCAGCCUGCUCGGCUCCACCUCUGACUCCAACCUGAACAAGUACAGCACCAUCAACAAGAUCCCCCUCAUCACACUCAACUUCUCUGAGGUCAACAAUGAGAAGAAGUGUCCCUCGUCCCCUUCCUCUGAGAAAACUAUCAUUGCCCCGAAAGUCAAAGACCGCACGCACAAUGUCACUGACAAGGUCACUCAGGUUCUGUCUCUGGGGGCAGAUGUUCUACCUGAAUACAAGCUUCAGACGCCACGUAUCGACAAGUGGACCAUCCUUCACUACAGCCCCUUCAAAGCAGUGUGGGACUGGCUGAUCCUUCUGCUUGUCAUCUACACAGCCAUUUUUACACCCUACUCUGCUGCCUUCCUCCUCAAUGACAUCGAGGAGCAAAGGAGGCGCGAGUGCGGCUACUCCUGCUCGCCACUAAAUGUAGUGGAUCUGAUGGUGGACAUCAUGUUCAUUGUGGACAUCCUUAUUAACUUCAGGACCACUUACGUCAAUGCCAAUGAGGAGGUGGUCAGCCACCCAGCUAAGAUUGCCAUCCACUACUUUAAAGGCUGGUUCCUCAUAGACAUGGUGGCUGCCAUCCCAUUUGACCUCCUUAUCUUCGGCUCAGGAUCAGAUGAGACCACCACUCUGAUUGGUCUGCUGAAGACAGCCCGUCUAUUACGGCUGGUGCGUGUUGCCCGUAAACUAGACCGCUAUUCAGAGUAUGGUGCUGCUGUCCUCAUGCUGCUCAUGUGCAUCUUCGCCCUCAUCGCCCAUUGGCUGGCCUGCAUUUGGUACGCUAUUGGCAAUAUGGAGAAGCCUUACCUGGAGCACAAGAUUGGAUGGCUGGACAACCUGGGGCUGUCAAUAGGAAAAAAAUAUAACUACAGUGACCCGAGCUCAGGUCCCUCCAUCAAAGAUAAGUACGUCACAGCUCUCUAUUUCACCUUCAGCAGUCUGACCAGUGUGGGCUUUGGGAACGUCUCCCCCAACACCAACUCUGAGAAGAUCUUUUCCAUCUGCGUCAUGCUCAUUGGAUCUCUAAUGUACGCCAGCAUCUUUGGGAAUGUGUCUGCCAUCAUCCAGAGGUUGUAUUCAGGUACAGCCAGGUAUCAUCUCCAGAUGCUACGGGUCAAAGAAUUUAUCCGCUUCCACCAGAUCCCGAACCCACUGAGACAGCGGCUGGAGGAAUAUUUCCAACACGCCUGGACGUACACCAACGGCAUUGACAUGAAUAUGGUCCUGAAGGGUUUUCCCGAGUGCCUGCAGGCAGAUAUCUGCCUCCACCUCAACAAGAGCCUUCUCCACGGGUGUAAGGCGUUCCGUGGAGCCACUAAGGGCUGCCUCCGAGCCCUGGCCAUGAGGUUCAAGACUACCCAUGCUCCGCCUGGAGACACCUUAGUCCACUCUGGCGAUGUGCUCACAGCGCUUUACUUUGUCUCCCGUGGCUCCAUCGAAAUCCUCAAAGAUGACGUGGUGGUUGCCAUCCUGGGUAAGAACGACAUCUUUGGUGAGAUGAUGCACCUGUUUGCCAAGCCGGGGAAGUCCAGCGCUGACGUGCGGGCGCUGAGUUACUGUGACCUCCACACCAUCCAGAGGGAGGAGAUUCUGGAGGUGCUGGACAUGUAUCCAGAGUUUGCCGACCUCUUCCUCACAAACUUGGAGCUGACAUUUGACCUCCGUGAUGAGAACCCCAAGGCAUCGAACCCCAAACCAUCUAAUUCUCACUCCGAUGACAUGAACUGUGGAAGACGUGCAUCUUACAGAAGGAAAUCGUCCACAGGUUCCCACAACAAGGAGCCGGUGGCCGCCUACUGUGACACCAAGCAGAGGAGACACAUCUACGCCUCCUCAGCAGCUGAGGAGGCGAGAGAGUCGGCAGAGGAUGCAGAGGACCAGGAGGAGGAGGAGGAGGACGAGGAGGAGGAAGGCAGGGAGGAGGAAGAGGAGCAGAGGCCCUUGUGUUCUGGUGUGCUGGGCUACCCGGUAGUUAGGGACCACUCCCUGGGCUUUGGGCUGAGCAGCACUGCGGAUGCACCGGCUGGAGAGAAUACACAAGACACAGGAGAAUACAAAGAGCGCCACACAGAUGAGUGGGUGCGUAAACGUCCCAGUGGGAACACAGAGGAGACAGCCCAGUGUCAAGUGAGGGCCGCCGGGGAGGACGACAGUGACACAGACCUCACCUAUGGGGAGGUGGAGCAACGUCUGGACCUGCUGCAACAGCAUCUCAACAGACUGGAGUCGCAGAUGACUGCAGACAUCCAGGCCAUCCUGCAGCUCCUGCAGAGGCAAACGACAGCAGGGCCUCCAGCCUACAGCACCGUCACCUCCAGUCCCGAGUACCAGAGGCCGGCAGUCAGAGUCCAGCCAGUGUGUGCCAUCCAGACCAAUCUGAUCCUCGGUCCUGCUCCACCUCCACCACAGAGCCCCGGCCCAGAAAAGGUCCAGAACACAUCCAAAGAAACCUCCCCAGUCCUCCUGCACAAAGAGACUCUUCCAGACCAAAACUUUGCUGGUUUACUUGAGUCCAACAAAGACACAGAUCAGAGACCCACACAGAAUGACGUGCACUCUCUAGAACAACAGCCCCACCAUGAGCCAGCGAGGUUCCCCCCUGGCCGACAAUCCUCUCUACCUGACGUCCCCAGCAGCUCAGGAAUGGUGGGACUCCACAGGCCUGUUUCUGACCCGGGGCUUCCAGGAAAGUAGUCCCCCCCCCCCUCCCCCCUUCGACCUGUCAACACUGACUGAAGGUCGUCUCUCAAGCUUGACUCAGGGCCUAAGAAAGAGACUGAAUAUGCAAAGGAAAACAAACUAUUGACUUUCUUCCAUUCCUUUUUCAGAAGCUCUCCCAGACCCAAACCCUCUUCCCUCUCUGAUGUAGAUGUAAGUCCAUUUAUACAGAGGUAUUUAUACACUAUAUAAUUGAUAAUACAGUAUGUAAAGUCAUCAUCUACUGUGUACAUACUUCAAAUAGAACACUGCCAGCAACAAGGCACGCCAUGUGCUUUUCUAAAAGAGAUAUGCAUGUUUUAGUUCCUCACCUUUUCUGUUGCAUGUUCCCCACACACACUGCUACUCAGCAGGUGAUCAGGUGUGUUCUCGGCAUGCUCACAGACCACUGUAGCGAUCACGUCUCCUUUUCUAUGACUCCUCCCCCUCCACAGGGACAAAGCUACUUGAAACUCUUUCUAUAAUCUUAGUUUUUCAGCAGCUCCAAACAUUUGACGCAGUUUGAAACUCACAAGGAGAUUGGUGUGUAUAUUUAGCGUGCCUACUGUACACCACAAUGCCACAAAAACGUUUGUAAAGCCACUUCUUCACUUCAGCUCACAAUACUCAACACAGUGUACUAAUAAAUGAAUAUUCUAGGCUACGUGGACAGGACAUAUAGCACAAGACUUUGUCAGCCUUUGAAAGCAAUAAUGAUGAAACAGUAACUCUGGUGUGUUUCUAGAGUUAGAACCAUACUGGGACAAAAGUGAGGAUUUCAUUUAUAUCAGAGAUUAAUAUCACAUUCAUAACAUGUCACUGACGCAUAACACUUUAUAUGUUCAACACACAAAAAUGACUUGCUUGAAGAUGUGUAAGAAAAAACAAGAGACUCCAACAUCCAGUCUAAUUACUGUAGAACUGCCUGCAUCAUAUCAAUAUAACACAAGAAUAUUGCAGUCAAAACAUGUAAGAGACACCUCUGUCGAGGCAAUUUGACCAUUAAUCAGCAGCUAUUCUAAGUUUUUGCCAUGUCCUCAACAUGUAAAUUAGAUUUUCCCUGCCCUCUGUGACGACACAAAACCGGCUUUGGCUCAAGGAACAACCCCUUCCUUUUUGAAGCAGGUCUAUUUAAAGGGUUGGAUACUUUCACAAUGUGAGUUAGGGAUAUUUUCCAAAAUGUCUCAAGAAAUAAACAUUAUGAAACAUGUCCAGCAUGUAAACAUGAAGUGCUAAUUCCUAUGAGCAGGGGAAAUUGUUGUGGAUCUGGAGGUAUGUGUACCUUCUAUUUUAUAAAUUAGUUUAUUUCUGAAAAUAUACCCAAAUGUAAUUGUGAUCUAAAAACAUAAUCUGGGUAAUUAUGACCACAUUAACCCGUCAAUCCCCAGAUUAAAUUUGCACAUAAUGAAUAACUGUGACUAUCUUGGGACCUGAUGUUCCUAAAGCAUUUUAUGUCUUAUCUGCUACCAAUACUCCUGAUAUACAGCACUUUAAACAGCUACAUUCAUUAAAAUAAAAUAAACCUUUUUCUCAAUUUGCCUCGACAUUAAUGUCCGUCAAUGUUUUGACAACCUCCUGUACUUUGGCCGCAUGCUUUAGGUCUUCCAUUAUCUAAAAAAAGUACAAUAUCCUGAAUAAAGCAUCAUAAUUAACGAACAAACAUCACCUGAGUAAAUAUACAAACAAGUACUACAGCCUUUAAUAGCCUUAGCUUUAUUAGCCUUUAUAAACAACAUCCAUCCAAAGCAGCAGAAUCCUGCUUCUCCACCGUCACACAUGUAUAUGUUAUGAACCAUGAACUGCAUGAAGAAAAUGAAUUAGUCAUUUUAGUUUUCUAACGACGACACAAAGUCAGACAACAGCUCAUGUACUGCAUGGAGACUGCACUUGAGGGAAUUACAAAAAAAAGUCUCAAUCGACUGUGUAUUACUGCAUUAAGAAACAGCACAUAACCACAGAGAUUUCCAGAUUACAGUUAGACCUAUUUUUCUAAAAACAAAGUAUUUAAUUUGCCAUUAUUUUUCUAUGUACCUGAGUUGUUGUUGUUGUUGUUGUUGUUUUUUUUCCCUUUAAACCCCCCUGAUGUGUUAGAAUGUUGUGGAGCGCUGAUGGAAAGUUGAUGAAUGCAAUGCACAGCCCUCCCAAUGUAGCAAGCAAGGCUUCCACAACAGGCAGCACUUAAAGCUAAGUGUUGCGCUGACUGUGUUCUGUUCGACUAGUAUGUCUUGAGCUGAUAUUGCACAAUGAUGUUUGUGUCGUUACUGCUGAGUUUCCACAUUGAAUUUCCCCUCUGAAUUUAUUCAGCGCGUCGAUGAACUAAACCUAAAUCUGGGAUUCAUUCUGUCCCCGACACCUGCACUGGAAACUUGCACCCUCGUAACAACUAAGUGAAAACACAGUGAAGUGAUGAAAGUGUCUGUAAGAUGUGGGAGGGAUGUUAUCAGAUGUCAAGCACUUGAGGAAGGAGCGAUGUGAAGUGGAAACAGAAGAGUGAAACCUUUAAUUUAUUGGAUGAUACAAACCGUCCCUAGCUGAAUGUGGGGUGCUUUCUUUGAUGAGCUUUUUCUUUCUUGAGCACAAAUGUAGAACAAAAGUUGCUUAAGCCUAAGUCGACGUGUCCGACGCCUGAAUUGUCGUCUACUGAACUUUCCUAGGACUUGCAAACUUUUGCACAGAGAUCAGAAAUCUUGCUGUACUGGAUACAAAAUGUCACUUUUUAAAUCUAGUGCUGUUCACAAUUGUUUUUAUGCAUUUUUUUAAAUGUUUGCCACUGUAUUUUAUACAAUGCAACACUUAACAGCUAAUUUGAAUGUUUCUGUUCUGAACUAUAUUUAAAGAAAUGGAAUAUAUUGUGUAAAUAGACUUGGGUGGUGGGGGG